CUUGUGUAGCAGCGUCCGUUGACUUGACGAAGCGACCAAUGUUAUCGGCCGAGGCCACAUCGAUACACACGGUAUAAAAAAUGCAGCCACCCACAGUUUCGGUCCGCACUGGUCCUUUGGUAUCACUCACUCAACAUUCACCAGCAUUGUAGGUGCGAGUACUUGUUUUCGGAGCUGGCAACAUGUGCAUAUUCGAGACGACACAAGCAGGACAAGGCGAGUCAAUGUCUCCCGAGAGAUCAGUCAGCAAUCCAAGUCCCAGUUUGGAGCAAUAUUUGAGUGUUGCGAGCGGUACGUGACCCACUCUUUCAUGCCAUAAAUGCUAAAUUGUCAUUGUUUUUUGUGGUUCUUGUGGCGUUCGCCGCCACCGGAACAGUCGUAUGGCCUUGGAGCACAUAUACUUUCGCUGGUUGUUCGAGGAUCCCGUUGGCGAUGACCAAGGAGCCAACGUGGAUGCCGCACUUGCCGUGGCCAAACGAGACGGAGCAUUUGGAGUUGCGACAGAAAGGGCAGGGACAAACACAAGGGUCAUUGGCAUACCAUCGAUGACCAAUACUUCAUUGCUUGGGCAACAUGACCAUUGCGACGAUGAUUGUUCUGUCGCAGUCCUCAAGAUUAUACAAGUGCUCUUUCGCCCCUGUCAUGUAGGACGACGCCCCCGAGUCGAUGAUGAUCUUCGUCGUAGUUUUGACUGCGUUGAGACUGAGACGGGAGGGACAUGGACUGGCGGGACUCAUACCGAGACUGGAGGGACCCAUGCUCAGACUGGAGGGACCCAAUUUAUCAUCGGAGGGACAGAUGCUGAGGUUGGAGGGACACAUCCCAGCAAACAGGAAAACAAGGUAAUUCGGAGCAGCACUGCCAGAUUCGUUUGUCUUCGCGGUCGAUGGUGGGACAGAAGGUGGAUCUCCGCGCAACUUGGCACGGCACUCUCGUUUCCAAUGUCCUGGUUUGUUGCAAUGGUGGCAGUUGCCUUCUCGUCUUUGUCCACGGCCACCACCUCUACCACGACCACGUCCGCGACCACCUUGGCCGCGCGAGUUGUCAACAGCACUCAGUGCUCGUACAUCGCCCAUAUCAGCGCUUGGAGAUUGGAUCGCUCCGUUGGCGAGAGCAGCUUUAUAUUCAGCCUCCAAAAGUGAUCCAGCCGUCGUAAGUGUUUGCAAUCUUUCAGGCAACAAAUUAACUUGGUGGAGCACAAUGCGUAGGCACCAAGGCAUGAGGGGCAGAAGCUCUGCCACAGUCAUAUUUUCGUCUUCUGCGCAUCCCGAAGACGUCGAAUCAGGUUGAAGAAUCGCUCGAUAAAAACUGCCAGCGUUUCCAUUUUCGGUUCCCAUUGAAUUCCGUGGUACUCGGCAAGCAAGCCGAUCUUGUCCAAGUGCGUCUGUGGCUCGUGGUGAAGCUUGAGCGCUCCGUAAUCCUCGAAAGCUUCGCUCAGUCCAUCCACAUGUUGAUAUUGGUUUGAACUGAUUGAUUCUAUGAUUAGGCCCAAAGCCUUUUGAGAGUCACGGGCGUAUGUUGCCGCGUCGACUUCAGGGUAUUGCCCGCGAUGCCAGUUCGUCACGGACUUGCGCUCGUUCAGUCGCUGUCAUGGUGGAUGAGUGGCGGUACAGCGUAUGAAUCAGGCCCUUUGCCAUUAGCCGACCCUUGAUAAACGUAUGCCAUGUAGACCAGUUCUUGACGCCUAACAAGACCAUGUUCUUAUCGAGUGUUGGGCUCAUAACCUCUUAAUCCAGGAAGCUCCGAUGCGCACGAC